CGGUAAAGAUGUACACUUGUUGGGUUUCUUCUUGGUAUAUAUCGUUUAUCUAGUUUGCUCGGAAUGUCUCCUCCACCUGUUGUUUGAACUUUGAACGCUGCCAAUCAUCCACCUUUUACUUGAAGCCUAACCACUUCUCCUUCCUUCACCUGUUGUUUGAAGGCUGCCACGCUCUCAACACUGAAUAUACGAAGUCAUACUCGCUGAUAGUCUCCGCCCCUUUCACUUCUCUUUUUCUUCGAUCAAAUUCGUGCUAAUUUGCAAUGGAAACAAAGGCGAAUUUCUUCUAUGAAUCUCACCUUUUCACUCCGAACUCGGGGAUUCCAUCGAUAAUCCUUAAAUCCAGUGUCAAGUUUGCUCAGUCUACAAAACUCAGCUCGUUAGGGACCCAAGGGAGCUCUGUUAAGCCAGGGUUCCGGACAAGUCAGUGCGUGCUUGCUUCCAAUUCAAUGUCGAGGGACCUAUCUUACGAGUCUUCUUCAACUGUUCAAAGAGAUAUACAGAAAGAGAGUACCGGUUCUGUCAGUCCCGUCUACGUGCCGACGCCUCCGAAUCGGGAGCUUCGAACUCCUCACAGCGGGUACCAUUUUGAUGGAAGUACUAGGAAAUUUUUUGAGGGUUGGUACUUCAAGGUCUCAAUUCCUGAACGGAGGCAGAGUUUCUGUUUCAUGUAUUCUGUGGAAAACCCUGCCUUUCCAAAGAAACUAACAGCAUUGGAAGUGGCACAGCAUGGACCCAGAUUUACCGGAGUUGGGGCUCAAAUUCUGGGUGCAAAUGACAAGUAUAUUUGCCAAUACUCAGAAGAAUCUCAGUACUUUUGGGGAAGCAGACAUGAACUAAUAAUAGGGAAUACUUUUGUUGGCGAAACAGAAUCGAAGCCUCCAUACAAGGAGGUCCCUCCUCAGGAAUUCAAUAAAAGAGUGUUAGAAGGUUUCCAAGUCAGCCCACUUUGGCAUCAAGGUUUCAUUCGUGAUGAUGGCAGGUCAAAUUAUGUGGAUACUGUGAAGACUGCUCGUUGGGAGUACAGUACCCGCCCUAUAUAUGGCUGGGGUAAUGUUGGGUCCAAACAGAAGUCCACAGCAGGCUGGCUUGCAGCAUUUCCCGUUUUUGAACCCCAUUGGCAAAUAUGCAUGGCAGGUGGACUGUCAACAGGUUGGAUAGAGUGGGAUGGUGAAAGGUUUGAAUUUCAAAAUGCCCCUUCGUAUUCCGAAAAGAAUUGGGGUGGAGCAUUCCCAAGAAAAUGGUUUUGGGUUCAGUGUAAUGUAUUUGAAGGUGCUACUGGAGAAGUUGCUCUCACUGCAGCUGGUGGGUUGAGGCAACUACCUGGACUUACAGAGAAUUUUGAAAAUGCUGCAUUGGUUGGAGUUCACUAUAAUGGAAUUUUCUAUGAAUUUGUGCCAUGGAAUGGCGUUGUUAACUGGGAAAUUGCCCCUUGGGGUCACUGGUAUGUGGCUGCGGAGAAUCAGAGACACAAGGUUGAAUUGGAGGCAACAACAGAGGACCCUGGUACUACACUGCGUGCUCCAACAGCAGAAGCUGGGCUUGCUCCAGCUUGUAAAGAUUCUUGUUUUGGUGUCCUAAGAUUACAACUUUGGGAAAAGAGAUACGAUGGCAGUAAGGGGAAGAUCAUAUUGGAUGUUACAAGUAACAUGGCGGCAGUUGAAGUUGGAGGGGGACCAUGGUUCAACGCAUGGAAGGGUGAGACCUCUAUGCCGGAGCUCCUUAGUCAAGCUAUUGGGGUUCCAGUUGAUUUGGAGGGGAUCUUCAAUUAUGUUCCAUUCUUUAAACCCCCUGGUCUUUAGCACUAACUGGUAACUCGUUAAUGCUCUGUUGUGGGGAGAAGAUGCAUUUCUUUAACUACAAGAGGAAGAACGGUAUGGUGAUUCCUGCACCGCGAAAGAUUUAUAUAGGGAAAACAAUUUACAUAUUCAAUGAUUCAUGUUCUCCAAAAAUGAUUUAGCCGACAGAUUUGACCACAUUUUGAUGUUGAGGGGAGAAAAGUUUCAAGUAAUGAUAGAUCUGUGGACUUGAUAGUAAGCCAAUGUGCAAAGCCUAGAAGCAACCAUUGCACUCCAUAUGUAUGAACCACACAAUUUGCAUCUGAUCCGGUUGGCUAGACUUGUAAUAAAAGGCGAACACAAAUGAUAUAGUGCAGGCCAUCCAGUCAGCGAAAAAAAGAUUAGAGGA